CCGUUUUGUCUUCUUCUUUACCGAAACCGAAACCGAAACCGAUCGCCCGAGUCCCAUUCGCACCGCUCCAAUACCAUACCGCCAUCGGCCCUCCAUCUCUCUGCGCGAUCCUGUCGAUCCUCCCCCGCGUACGUCUUCCGCGAGAGAGAGGCGAGUGGAGAAGGGAGUCGAGGAGCCAAGGUGGGCGGUGGACAUGGCGGCGGCGGUGAGGGUGGAGAAGGCGACGAGCGACCUGCUGCUGGGGCCCGACUGGAGCCUCAACAUCGACAUCUGCGACGGCGCCAACUCCGAUCACGGGCAAGCAAAGGAGGUGAUUAAAACUGUGAAGAAGCGUCUUCAACACAAGAAUUCAUCGGUUCAAUCUCUUGCAUUGACGCUGUUGGAGACUCUGGUGAAAAAUUGUGGGGAUCAUGUGCAUUUUCUGGUUGUAGAGCGCGGUAUAUUGCCAGAAAUGGUCAAACUUGCCAAGAAAAAGGCAAAUGUGCAAGUGAGGGACAAAAUUUUGACACUCCUUGAUUCUUGGCAAGAAGCAUUUGGUGGGCCUGGUGGGAAGCACCCUCAGUUCUACUGGGCAUAUUCUGAACUUAAGCAAUCUGGUUUAGAAUUUCCUAGGCGCUCACCUGAGGCAGCAACAAUAUUCGCCCCUCACCUUCAACCAGGGAUCGGGAGUCCAGUCAAUUCGUCCUUGAGAGCUGAUGGGAUGAUUUCAUCAAGUGGCUCUCCUCUGAGUUUGUCAGACCUGCAACGCAUUUUAAGUGCCGCGGAGCUACUAAGUGAGAUGCUGAGAGAAGUAGAUCCAAAUGAUCAUGAGCUAACCCUCCUGAUCGACCUGGGCUGGGGCCUGGGGGUGACGCGGCCUGGCAUUCCUGGGCAUCGGGCGGCGGCUGCCGGCAGCGAGGGUUCGUUGCUCCUCGCGCGACGUCCGGCGCUCAGUCGCCCUGGAGUCGAUGCACGGCUUUGGGCCGCCUCUGUUCCGGCCAAGGUCAUGUCCCCCUGGUCCACCGGGAUUGGUGGGGACUUCAGGCGUGGGUGCCCCUACGGUGGCGGCGCUGGCCCUGGCCUGGAGGCUGAUGCCGGGCUUUUCCAACCACGGCUUGUGCACUGUAAAGUGGACGGCUGGCAAUUUCUCAUGGCAUGGAUGCCGGGGCGGCGGCCCUGGAAGGUGGUCCGCAUGGUUGGCUCUCCGGAGGGCACCAUGGCGGUGGUGGUGGCAUUGUCUCUUGGUUGUGUGGGUGGCGAGAGGCAUAGCGCAAGGUGGCCCGGGCGCGCUCUCGGUCUCCGUGGUGGCGCCUCGAUCAGGAAGGAUCUAGGGAUCUACCGGGCGAGAGCUCUGCGCUCUGGCGCCGAUGAUGGUGAUGCUUGUGGGCGCCGCUCUCUUCUUGAAGACGUCGUCGUGGUGUUCCCCUCCGUGUCCGGGUUUCAGGCUGUGAAUGAUGAAAUUAUCGCGGAACUUGUGAACCAAUGCCGAUCAUACCAGAAAAAGAUCAUGAGUUUGGUUAGUUCAGUGAGUGAUGAGGACCUCUUGAGCCAAAGUCUCGACUUAAACGACAGAUUGCAAAUUCUGCUUUCCAAACACGAUGCAAUUGCAUCAGGUUCCCCUCUACCGGGUGAAGAAACGGAUGUGUUGAGUGAAUUGCCCAGAGGGAUCACUACACCCCCUGCAGUAACAGUUGUUCCAGAAACUGCCAUUGUACCAACUUUUGUCUUGGAUGAUGAAGAGGAAGAGGAGGAAGAUGAUGAGUUCUCUCAGUUAGCUCGCAGGAAUUCGAGAUUCAGGUCAGCAAAUGACAAGAGCGCCUCUUCAGGCGUAGGCGCAUCAUCGUCGUCCACGCAGGAUGGAACAGCAAGCUCAGCAGCUUCUGUGACCACUACAGCAUCACCAUCUACUUCAAGCAGUGCAUUAGCAUUGCCUGAUCAUCUAGCUCCUAUAAGGACUUCUCCAGAAGACAAGAUUAUGAGCGACCUCCUUGCGCUCACCAUAGUGUCAAGCCCAUCACCUGAACCUGCCUUGCAUCCUGGUGGUUCCCCAACCAGCUAUCAUCCACAGCCUCAUUAUGUAGACCCAGAGCAAACAGCUGCAGCGCACAAUAGCUACGUCGCUCCUUGGGCUCAGCAUCAACCUCAAACUGCACCCAUUAAGCAGCAGCAGCAGCCACCACCUCAACCUCAACCACAAUUUCCUUACAACCCAUCUCCUUACCCGCCACCACCAUGGGCCCCACAGGACAACACCGAGUCAAACCCUUUCGUGGCAUCUUCGUCGCAGCAUCUUUCUACCUCCAGCUCGUCUCUUAAAGUACCGCUGAACAUGAGGCCCCUACAGCAAUCGCAAUCUUUUGGCGUACCGCUUCGAAGUGCCGCGUCAGAUUCACCGACAAACAAGAGCCUGAAGCAACCAAUGUCUGCAGGGUCUCGCAGGCCGUCUUAUGUUCCUUCUAACAAGUUCUUUGAUGAUCUGCUCGAGAGAAAUGCGGAUGGCACUCUGAAAACGGGCAGCACGGUAAUUGGAGGAAUGUCCAGUCCAUACAAACCGUAGUGAUGCUAGUGGAAUCAUACAUACCAAAAUAAACUGUAGCGAUGACAGCGGAAUCAAAAUACUAUGAAAUACUUGCAUUGUUUGUCUUGAUAACUGCUACGAUUUCAAAAUACGAGCCAAUAAACCAUGGUGAUGCCAGUGGAAUCAAAAUAUGAAAGAUUUGCAUUUGUUUGUCUUGA